UCCUGGUCUUUGUAUUGAAUUACUUUACUUUCCACACUGGCAUUUCUUCGUAACUCUUCGACCGCAGCGCAUCAGAGGGAGUUCUCUUAGCAGUCAAACCAGCUGCCUCCUAACGAUGAUUCUGGAAGGUGGUCUGAUUUUUUUCGUCAGUGUAGUCGGCGUCCUUGGCCAGAUCCCGUCGCCGAGCGCCCCGCUGAGUAACUUCUCCUACAUUUCCGGUAAAGGGAACGUACUCCUGGCCAUCGAUCGCACCGGCAUCGUCAACCGUCUCGACAACGGGGCCUGGGUUGCAUUGCCCGAACCCACGCCACUUGUCAAUGAUGGGGACGUGGGAUCUGCCAAAGCCGUUAGUGUGGGCGCUAGUCCGGAUGGAUGGCAUCACUUGUGCACUCUGACGGGUCAAACAUACCGCUUCAAUCCAACCAGCAAUGCUUGGGAGUUCUCCAAUAGUGGUCGCUGUCUGCAGGUCAACGCCAUGAGCAAAAACACCGCUGUGGAGAUUCAGAGGCCGUCUGCACUGGACAGUAAUGAUGGAGAUAUCCGAAAAUACAACGGAGCAGGCUUGAUCCCUACAUGGACCCUCGUGGCCGGUAGCAACCAGCGAGUGUUUCAGUAUAGCAAAUGGGUUAGUAUCGGGGAAGACGGAGAGAUUUGGACCAUCUCUCGCAAAGGUAAUGUGUUCCGCUACAACGGAGCUUCUAAUAACUUCGACGGGAUCCCGAUUCUCAGCGCUAUCGCGCUGGAUGUGCGCAAUGCUACAUACGCUACCGUCGUCACCGCCGGCUGCAACGCGUGGACUUUCAAGAGCGGCACGUGGACCAAGUGGGCCAUCAGCACCUGUCCGGUGCAGACCACCUCCACCAGCAGUAAUGAUUAUUACUUAGACGAACACGGCAGAUUUGGUUCGCGCCAUUAAAUUUCGGUAAUAAUGUGGUCAUGGCUAAAUAGGCUAAUGGAUGAAGAUUGCUUGCUUGCAGUAGUGGAAUGAAGUUUGUCGCUUUAUCUUCGAUAUCCUACACUAUUAAUUAUGCGAGUAAUGCACAUCUCGCAGUUGGCUUACAAUUGUUAGCUUCGGCUAAUUUGAUUGAUUUCCAGCUAAUAAAAUAUGGGAGCAGC